UUGGCGCCUGCGCAGUCUCCGGCGGCCGGUGCUUCGAGGAAGAACCCUCCCCCUUUACCCCGAGACACGUCACCGGUUGCCACGGAAACCACGCAGCGUCUUGUUCUUCUAGAGCCCCGCGCUCCAGUUUGGGGUAAGAAGCUAGUAGCCAGCUUGUGUAUUAAUUCUUUGAAGCGCUGAGGACUUUGGAAAUUUCAAAUGGCCAAACUACUACAACCUCCUCCCAAGUUCCUGCCCUCGGAGUGGCACAUUGCUAACAAGAACCAGUACCAUAGGGCAGAGGCCCAAAGAUCCCGAUCAGAACGCCUAGUGGCAGAAAGCCAGAGGCUUGUGGAUGAAAUUGACAAGAGCACAAGGAGAUCCCAAAGUGAUGUGAACAAGAAACUUGAACAGAGACUUGAGGAAGUCAGGUUCUGGAAGAAAGAGUUAGAUGGCAAGCUUGAGCAACUUGUGCAUGAAACUGAGGACCUACUCUCUUAUAAGAUCCGACUGGAAAAAGCCCUGGAGAGCUUUAAAGAACCCUUGCACAUCACUGAGAGGUGCCUGGCAUACAGCUACCCCCUGAUCUCUGGCCAGGUGUCCCUCCUGUUUAUCCAGUAUUGUGCUGGUAAAGGGGCUACCUGGAGGGACUAUGUGGAGUUGCUAGGAUACAUUGCUGAUGCAGGUGAGGUUUGUAAAGAAAGCCUUGAGACAAGCAAGAAACAAAGGAAGAAACAAAGCAUUCUUAGGAACAGAACAGAUACAAUACAGGUCAUGGAAGAGAUUGCUUCUCAGGAAAAAAAUAUUGCAGUUCUCGAAAAAGCCAUCCUCGACCAAGAAGGACCUGCCAAGGUGGCUCACACACGCCUGGAGACCAGGACUCACCGGCCCAACGUGGAGCUGUGUCGUGACGUCGCUCAGUAUCGGCUCAUCAAGGAGAUUCAUGAGAUCGACCACAACGUGGCAAGAUUGAAGGAAACCUUGGCCCAGGCUCAAGUAGAGCUGAAAGGGCUGACUCGCAGACAGCUGGCCCUGCAGGAGGAGAUCCAUGUCAAAGAGAACACCAUCUAUAUUGACGAAGUACUCUGCGUGCAGAUGCGCAAGUCCAUCCCACCUUGUGAUGGGGAAGACCACAGGGACUGGGCCGGGGGGCUCCGCCCUGACACUGUCUGCUGAGAGAGGGAUUGGUGAAAUGUGCAUUAAACCACUUAAUAAACCAGUGACACGGAGCCUCAGUUUAGAGCAGCAGAGUGGCUCUUCCACAAACAUCUCAGCAGGGCCCCAGACCUGCUGGGGGCUGAGAUCUGUGGGGUAGAGGAUGGGGAUGGGGGUAUUCUGCUUUGCUGGUGGACGCAGUGGGUUUCUCAUUGUUCAAUACAGUAACUGUGUACCAACUUGGGCCCCUUUCAUGAUAUCCCAGCACUUGGGGCCAGGAGAAAGGAGUUCAGGACGUUUUCGUUGAGAUUCAUUGCAGUAGAGUGGCUGGGCUGGAUCCCCCUAUUCAGGCAUGUCCCCUUAGGAGACCGGAUGCAAACGUUUCUGGGCCUCAAAGUCCCUUCUCCCUGGAAAGCAACGCGGUGACUUCCGGCUUAGACACUUCUGCCUCUCCCACCGGGCUGUGGGAAAUCUACGAAAGUCUCACCAUACAGAUGAAAGAGGGGCAGCCCUGGAUCAGAGGCCCCUUCUCCAGAGUAAAAUUAAGAGAUGAUAGAGCCGCAGGCCUUCCAGCUCUUUAAAAUUCAGUUUAGUGGCAGGGUUGUGAGGAGAGGGCAAGCCAGGGUGCUGAGGUCUGGGGUUACCGGGUGACAGAAUUGGGGGUCUCUUGCUCCCAGGCCAGAGGGGAGAGUCCGAGCGCAGCAUGGGGCCCUGUGCACAGACCCCCCCCCCUCCCGACCCUCACCCCAACUUCAGUCUUGGAAUCUCCGGCUUCGGAAAAGAGGAGACUGCAGAAGUUUUGUCUCCAGAGGCCUCGCCUACUUGUGGAGCUCAGCUUUUAGCGCCCCCAUGUGGAAGGAGUUUGAGAGGUUCUUUUUUCUUUUCCAGAAAAGAAACUCAAAAUUGAAGGCUAAUCAGUAUCAUAGAGUCCCUUCCCUCAACUCCUCAACUCGCAUUACUGGGAAUUGAACCUAGGACCUCACACAUGCUAGGCAAGAGCUCUAUCACCAAGCCGCUGACCUAGAACUUGCAAUCUUUCUGCCUCAGCCACCCGAGCAGCUGGAUUUACAAAUCUGCUCCACCAGGCCUGGCUUAUUUUUAUUUAUUUAUUUUUUUUCUUCUUCAUACUCAACAGUAAGGGAAAAGAAAAAAAAAACCCCUCAUCUUGCAAAAUAUUCAAACCAGUGGUUAAGAGUAUAGGUUCUGGGGCUAGGGGGUCACUUACUUUGUGCAUGUGAAGCCCUGGAUUCUCUUCUAAGCACCUCAGAACAAAAUAAGACAAGAAAGUGUAGGCUCUGAAGCCGAUAUCCCUGGGCUGGUGUGUCCCAUGGUACUUCCCUCAUAGGAUUAUUGGGGGCUUGAACGAGAUAACCCCUGUAAAGGGCUCUGUACAGAGCCUGUCUCAUAGGAGAAGGGUGUGUUUAAUAAAUACAAGCCAUUUUGGGCAGCCCCAUCCCUGUGCCCGCAUAAUUUCUGCGUGGUUGUUCUCCUGAUAUA